AUGGUCAACUUGCUCAAGCGGCUCCGGAAGCUGCAAACUCUUCUUGAUACUAGACUCGGUACCGGUGCCGCCAUCCUCCCUACCCUCGCCUCCGCGUCAAAAGAAUUCCCAGCCGUCACCCGGCUCCACCUCACAUAUGCGCAAAGAAUCGAAGGCGGCCACCAUGGCGCACGGCAUUUCUGGCGCAAGUGCCUCCCACGACUGAAGUACCACAACCCAGGUGUGCCGAUGACAGUACGACAGACAACCGAGCAACAAGGGCCCGCCGCAUUGUCAAUCUACUUUGCCGAACGGGCCAGCGACGCUGCUGUAGCCGUCGCAAACGAAAAGAAAGUCGAAGACUCGCAUGCACCCGCUGCCGAGCCCAACGAGCAAGCAAUUGUCCUGAACGUGAAGGACUUCACAUACCAACAAAUCUGGGAUCGCGUGCAGGCUAUAACAAAUGCGCAAAAAGUCUCUGGCACUGCGGAGGAUACCGAACAGUUGAAGCGGUGGAAGGAUAUCCAGGACAAGUCUGUCAAGGAUCGGCAGCGUGUGAACGCUCUCCGGCAGGCGAAGAAGGACCAGGAGCGCAUGCUUGCCGUGGCUCGUGGUGAGGUGGAUAAGUCUAAGGUGUAA